GUAUCUUAAAUAUGUAGCCACAUGGAACAACAAAAACAUCAUAAUUCAAGAAUCACUUCAUAAGACACACUUGGAUUUUUCCAAAUCUUCAACAUGUCCUUCAAAUUUGGUGUUUUAAUUUAAUCAUCUUUCUUUCACCUACUCUAGAAUAAGGUGAUUUUUCACAAAGAAGGUGAUGGCAUGUUAUUGUUUUGAUGAAUCAGUUUGCUGAAUUCAUAAAAUGGGAAAGAGAAGAAGCUGGUUUAUAUUUGUGAAAAGACUACUUUUCAUUCCUGAGGCAAAACCAAAAGCUGAAAAGAAACCAAAGAGAUGGAAAUGGUUUUUAGGAAGGUUCAAGUUCAAGCAGUGUCCUCCAGCAAUUGAAGCACCUCAAAAAACACUAACUGAGGCAACAGAACAACAGAAGAAACUUGCUGUGGCUGUUGCUUUAGCAACAGCAGCUGCAGCUGAGGCUGCUGUAGCUGCUGCCAAUGCUGCAGCCGAAGUUGUACGCCUCACUAUCGCUCCGUAUGAGCUAGAGAGGAAGCGGAGAAAUGCUGCCAUCAGAAUCCAAACCGCUUAUCGUGCACACCUUGCAAGGAAAGCACUAAGUGCCCUGAAGGGACUCGUGAAGCUUCAAGCAGUGAUUCGAGGAGAACUUGUUAGACGAAGAUUAGUUGCCAAAUUGAAGUUUAUGUUGCCCUUUCAAAUGCCAAAGCCAAGAGUUUAUCAUAUCAGAGUUCCUACUGUGGAAGAAUACUACGAGAGUAUCGAAAAGAAACUUGAUGAUAGCUCGAAGGAAAGUGUGAAAUCUAAUGAAUUCAAACUAAAAUGCAACAGCCAAAGGACUUGGGAUUUCAGUUUGGCUUCAAAGGAAGAAAUUGACUCCUUGUUUUUAAGAAGACGAGAAGCCUUUGCCAAAAGAGAGCGUAUGAUGAAAUACUCGUUUUCACAUCGGGAGCGGAGAAAUGAUCAUGUUAUGCAAGAUCCGUUAAUCAUUAAGGAAAAUCGAAGAAGUUCCAGGUUCGAUCAAUGGGAAGAAAUGGAAGCACAGAGGAAAGCAGAGCUAUUUGAGCAAUUGAGGUCAUUUGCAAACUCAAGUAGUCCUCUAGUUGGCAUGAACCAAAUGAGACAAACGCGUAAACUAGAUGUCACAGAGGAUUUUAAUUCUCCGUCAUCGCUACCAAGGAGAUCAUUUUCUCAUGUGAAACAGAAAUCAAUUGGUGAUGAUAGCUCUUUACCAAGUUCUCCCAUGUUUCCUACUUACAUGGCUGCUACAGAAUCUGCAAAAGCAAAGACGAGAUCGAUGAGCACACCAAAGCAACGACUAAUGUUAAACGAAACAUAUUCAGUUCAACAUUCUCCCUUCAUGCUCAACCAUACUUCUUGGACUUCAUAUAAUGGUGAAGUGAACAAAAGUACCAAAAAGAGUGAAAUCUCUCAGCAAACAUUUCUAUAAAUAUAAAAGGGUUUUGCCGAGAUUGAAAAGCUUAUCAUGCAUUGCUUGCUCAGUUGCUCGAUAUUUCCAGCAAGGCAAAACGGAAACUUCAAUCAAGAAGAAGCUAUAAUCUGCAUAUAGAGCCACUUGUGUAAUUUAUACAAAUGGAUUGAGGAAAAGAAGUGUUUUUGUUUCUUGUUUUCUGGUUUUAUACUCUUAUAGACUUCACAUAAACAUGUAAAUAGUUCAAAGUCUCUUCUUUCUUGUUUGUUUUUGCCUAAUUUUGUAUGCUUCAGAGAGUUUGAGUCUGUUAAAGGCAGUGAUGGUUGGUUUUGUUUGAUGGUUGACUGCUGUAAACAUUUCUACUUCCAAUUUUGCAAAUGAAUUUCCUCUGGUUCUUGCUUGCUA